AUGGACAGGUCGUCUCACUGGGACAUGUCGGCCUCAGGGACGCCCAGCGUGGUUCUGGUCACUCGGGUCCAGAGACGUGUCCUCCGGGUCUUCCCUCCACCUCCUCCACCUCGGGGGACCACCGCCCCCCCUGAGGACAACUACACCUUCAACAGGGCCACGCCGCUGGUGGUCGGGAUGGUCCAGAUCAUCUUUGCUGUGGGGAUUCUGGUCCUGUGUGUCAUGGUGUUCACGUCUGGUUCAGACAGACUGGCCGUGUCCAGCGGAGUCGUCCUCUGGGGCCCAGUGACGUUCAUCAUAGCUGGAUCUCUGACGGUGUUUGCUGGUGCUUCACUGAAAGAGACUCUGAUUAAAUCUGCUGUGCGCUUUAACAUGGUUGCUGUUGUGGCUGCGCUGGCUGCCACCGUCCUCUUCUUCGUGGACGUGGCUAUCGGGAUGAAGAACCACAACGACCCGUUUGUGCACCACAGAAACCUCAAAGACCAGGGUCUCCAGUACACAGGUUUUUCAUUUCCCAUGUCCUUUCUGGAGUUCGGUUUGUCCCUUCAGGUGGUCCUGAGCCGCUGCAGAGGUUGUGAGCCACAGGCGUACACCAUCACCAACCAGGUCUACGGAAGCGAUGCAGUCGCCAUGGAGACUCCGCCCCCACACCAAGCCCCGCCCACAGCAUAUGCCCCGCCCCCUCCCUAUGAGAAGCUUCCAGACCACGCCCUGUGAGCUGAGGCCACGCCCCCUUCUGACUGACAUCAUCACAUGUAGUAUCGUCUCAACCCGUCAGACUUUGAUCACUUUAAACGUUUUAGACUGAAUACUUGAGUCGGUCUGGUUCAGGUUCAGAGUUCCUCCUAAAGCUUCUCCACUCACAUUUAAUGGAUGAACUCACUGAAUGUCUCCAACUGUGUUUAGUCCCUGGUCUAUAGUCCCUGGUCUUUAGUCCCUGAUCUUUAGUCUUAAGUCUCUGGUCUUUAGUCUUUAGUCCCUGAUCUUUAGUCUUUAGUCUCUGGUCUUUAGUCCCUGGUCUAUAGUCUUUAGUCUCUGGUCUUUAGUCCCUCAUCUAUAGUCUUUAGUCCCUGAUCUUUAGUCUUUAGUCCCUGGUCUGUAGUCUCUAGUCCCUGGUC